AUGGGUGUUCGACCAGCUUUAAGCUUCUCUGACGAGGACAAGGUUAGGACCUCGCAGCCACAUGAUGAUGCUCUAAUGGUUACCUUUAGGAUAAGAGGGUAUGAUAUGAAGAGAGUGCUAGUUGACCAAGGCAGUGGAGCUGAGAUCAUGUACACUGAUCUAUAUAAAGGGCUUAGGUUGAGGCCCGAGGAUCUGACGAGCUAUGACUCUCCUUUGGUGGGUUUUGAUGGGAAGACGGUUAUCCCAAAGGGCCAAAUCAAGCUACUCAUACAAGCAGGAUCAGAAGUGGUGGAGGUGGAUUUCAUUGUGAUGGAUGCUUACUCCCCUUAUUGCUAG